GGGGCAUCUUCCAACUCCCACUUUGAUACUUCCACUCCGACAUAGCACCCCAUCCGGCCACAGAACCCCCCCCCCCCAACAAGUCACACCCGCCGCAACCAUGGCCACCCUCACCGUAACCCUCGGCUCCCUCGCCAAGCUAAUCGACCACUCCCUCCUGCACCCCACCAUGACCGACGCCGAGGUCGACGCCGGCCUCGCCGUCGCGCGCAGCCACGGCGUGGCGGCGGCCUGCGUCAAGCCCUACAGCGUCCCCGCCGCCGUGCGCGCCCUGUCCGGCUCGGGGGUCCUCGUCUGCGCCGUGGCCGGCUUCCCGCACGGCAGCUCCACGACGGCCAGCAAGGUCGCCGAGGCGGCCGCCGCCGUAGCCGCGGGCGCCCACGAGGUCGACGUCGUCGUCAACGUCGGCAAGGUGCUGGGCGGCGACUGGGGGUACGUGCGAGACGAGAUCCGCGCCGUCAACGACGCCGUCGUCGGGACCCCCGUCGGCGGAGAUGACGGCGGCGGGCGGAACGGCAUCUUGAAGGUCAUCUUCGAGAACGACUACCUCGGCGACGAGCAGAUCGCGCGCCUGUGCGGGAUCUGCAGCGAGGUCGGGGUGGCGUUCGUCAAGACCUCGACGGGGUACGGGUUCGUCAAGCAGCCGGACGGUGCGUACUCGUACCGCGGGGCGACGGUCCCGCACCUGCGGCUGAUGAGGGCGAGCUGCGGGCCCGACGUGCGGAUCAAGGCCGCCGGCGGCGUGAGGACGCUGGACGAGUUCCUAUACGUCGCGUCGCUCGGCGUGACGAGGGUCGGCGCCUCGGCGACGGUUGCCAUCAUGGAGGAGGCCAGGAGGCGGGGGAUUACGGAGCAGCCGACAGAGGUUACGGUGAAACCCAUUGGAGAUUCGCUGGGCGGAACAUACUGAUUGCAUAGCAAUGGCGAUUACUAUCACGAGUUUUUCUCUGUACUGGGAGUGGCGUGAUGUCGUACCAUGAAUGAAAUAGCAGCAUCAACUUCAACGCUUUGGUAUUCUAUUCAGCGUACCUAGUACCUAGGAUACGAAUGCGUAUAGCGAUACUCCUCGCUGAAGCUACUACGGGUGACGCGCCCGCCACAGCAUAGACUAUGACGACGCUUACACUGAUAGUGCUAGCAUCCCUCGGCGUGGCGGUGUCCCAUUCCCACAACACUUGCUCUCCCACAGCAUCUUGCUGUGCUGCAACCCAUUAUAUUCCGAAAACCGUUGCUAGUUCAUCAAUCAACU